GCCCGAGGGGGGGCCCCGCCGCCCCCCAGCACCAUGCGCGGGGGGGGCCUCAUCCUGCUCUGCCUGCUCCGAGCGGCGCUGGGCGCAGGACACCCCUCUGGGAGCCCAGCAAUGGGUGAAGGCCCAGGGAGCGAGGGGACCCACAUCAGCCAGGACCUGGUGGGGGGCAGCUUGGCCAUUGACACACUGCCAGCCAAUGAGACACGGAUCAUGGAGGACAACCACAGCUACUAUGUGUCGCGGGUCUAUGGGCCGGGUGAUGCUCGUCUGAGGGGGCUCUGGGUUGACUUGGCCACGGCCAACAGGAGCCAAGUGAAGAUCCAUGGGAUCCUCUCCAACACGCACAGACAGGCAUCGAGAAUCGUCCUCUCCUUCGACUUCCCCUUCUAUGGCCACCUCCUGCGGCAGGUCACCAUAGCGACGGGUGGCUUCAUCUUCAUGGGGGACGUCAUCCACCGGAUGCUCACGGCCACGCAGUAUGUGGCUCCCCUCAUGGCCAACUUCAACCCCAGCUUCUCCCGCAAUUCCACUGUCCAGUACAUGGAUAAUGGGACGGCGUUUGUGGUGCAGUGGGACAAGGUCUAUCUGCAGGGGAAGGAGGAGAUGGGCAGCUUCACCUUCCAGGCAGCGCUGCACAGCACCGGCAGGAUCAUCUUUGGGUACAAGGAGAUCCCUGUGCCUGUCCUGCAGAUCAGUGCCACCCAGCACCCCGUGAAAGCCGGUCUCUCCGAUGCCUUCAUGGUCCUCAACCCAUCUCCUGAUGUGCCUGCGGCUGCGGCCGAGUCCCGGCGCCGGACCAUCUACGAGUACCAUCGUGUGGAGCUGGACACCAGCAAGAUCACCAACCUGUCAGCAGUGGAGUUCACCCCCCUGCCCACCUGUCUCCAGCAUCAGAGCUGUGAAAUGUGCAUGAGCUCGGAGCUGACCUUCAACUGCAGCUGGUGCCACAUCCUGCAGAGAUGUUCCAGUGGCUUUGACCGAUACCGUGAGGAGUGGUUGUCCUAUGGCUGCGGGCAGAAGGCUGAUGAGAAGAGCUGUGAGGAUUUAGCAGUGGGUGAGCACUACUCAGCACCUCCUGAGAGCUCUUCCUCCCCGCUGGAUGAGGACAUCACCACCUCCACGUCUACGCUCUUCAUUGACAACCUCACUACAGAAGAUGACACGAAGCUCACCCAGUAUGCAGGCAGUGAAGGGCUGGGAAGCAGCCUUCAUUCCAAGCAAGCCAGCACCCCAAUCCACACCGGCACGAUCGUGGGGAUCGUCCUGGCCGUGCUGCUCCUCGCACUCAUCAUCCUCGCUGCAAUCUACAUCAACAGCCACCCCACGUCCACCGCUGCCCUCUUCUUCAUUGAGCGAAGGCCACAUCACUGGCCUGCCAUGAAGUUCCGAAAUCACAGCAACCACACAACAUACUCCGAGGUGGAAGCGAACAGCCAGGAGAAGGAGGGCUUUGUGGAAGCAGAACAGUGCUGAGCGCUUCUCCCCCUGCACCUCCCAUGUCUCAAGUGUUGGAGUCUUCUGUUAUCCUAUUGCAAAGUCUUUCCCCUCUUGGAAAAGAAAGCGCAAGUAGAGGCAAAAAGACCCAAAUGGAGCCUUUGAAGAGCGAGGUGUGGUGAUGUGGGGCUGGAUUUGCCUGGGUUCCUCACAGGAUAGCAGAGCCUGCAGUGGUGGCAGUUGGCUGUGGACAUGGGACUGGAUGUGGGGGUAGAAAGAAGCGCAGUCAGUUCUUCAGCUCCCAAUGGGGUUUAUGGUUUGUGGCUGGGUUUUUCCCCACUGUGUUGGCUGACCUCUUCUCUCCUCCACCGGAGCCUUCCAGGGGCAGCAAAGGGGGAGAAAUCUUGUUAUGGGCUAAACAUGGGGUUGCCUCAAGCAGGAAGCUCUUGGAGACAGCGAACCCGAUGCUUUCUGCUGCCUGCACUCAGGAGAGCUGGGCUGAUUUGCUUGUCUCCAUGGAGAGGCCGGGGAGGUGCCGGUGGUGGCCCAGGAGAGGUUAAGGCUGGCUCCCAGGGCUCACAAACCACUUCCCAUCUCCAUCCCUUUCUCUUCCCUCUCCAUCCCUUUAUCUCCCCUCUCUAUCCCUUUCUUUUCUCUCCCAUAUCCAUCCCUUUACCCUUUCUCCCCUCUCCAUCCCUUUCUCCUCUCUCCCCUCUCCAUCCUUUUCUCCUCUCUCCCCUCCUUUUGUGGCAGGCAACAUUUAGCUUUGCCUUUGCAGCUGAGAAGCCUGCAGCCCUCAACUCCCUGCCCUCCUCUCCUUUCAAAGCAACAGCUUUUACCCCUUGCCUGGGAGAAAGGGAAACCAGCUCUGUCUUAAUGGCAAAACCCUGCAGAGGAUUCCCCUUCAGGAUGUCUGUGAGCCAAUGGCUUUGAAGCACUUUUUGGCAUCUCAUUAGUUUGCUAUAUCCCUAAUGAUAACCCUUGCCCUAAAGCAGACAGUGUGAUUCCAGACAGCUUGGAUUCCUUCAAAACACAUCCCAGUGCUGUGGCCACUGAUCCGGCAGGAACAGAGUGGGAUGUGGUGGAGGAGGAUGGGGACAGCACACGAGUGAAUCUGUGUCCUCCCACAGGCUCCAUCCUGCAGUGAAUCCAAACUCCUCCGUGGGCUUGGUGCAUAAAUAAGGAGUGAAGGCUCACGCUGGUGGCUUCACACCAUCGAAUAUCCUGGGUUUAGAGCCUUCUGGAGGCUUCUACUGGUUUAUUUUGCCUGUGACGGGUCCCUGGUCUGGAUUUGUGCAUGGAAUAAUGAUUCCAGCCUCUGAAACUAGCAAAGGGCUCAGAUAUGAGACCUCUCAGGGCUUCCUACUCCAUCGGAUUCCACACCAAGGCAGAAAUACUCCCUCCUACUUCCACAGGCAGAGCUUGGGCUCUAAACUGAGGAAAGCUCCUGCUAAAAACAAGGGAGACCCUAAAGUCCAAUGGAAGGUAAAAGGUUCCUCCCCCCCCCCCUCCCCAAGGUGUUGGGUGUAUGGGGCUUUUUUUCCUCCUUUUUAGUCCAUUUUCUCUUGAUCCUCAGUUAUUUAUUCUGAUAACCAUGAGCUUGGUGCAGGUUUCAUCCCCUGCCUGGUUCAGCUGGCACUGGUGAGGGAUGCUGCCAAAGACAGGGGCUGUCUAAUUCAUGUUUUCCUUCUCAUCUGCUGACUCCUAGAGCCAUUCAAGACAAAUACGGCUGCUUUGUGCCAUUUACACCCAGAUUCUCCUAUCUCCUACAUAGCCACCAGGGAGAUAUUGCUGCAUCUUAUGGCAUAAAGGCACCAACACACUCAAACUGGCUAAGUCAGAGUCGUGCUGAGUUGUUCCAGCUCUUUAGACAUAGUUUGAAGAGAAACUUUAUGCCCAAAUAAUGCUUCAAGCUGGGAGGUUGCUUUCCCCCCUGUAUCCUUGAAGGAGAAAGAAUUCAAAGGGAUGCUUUCAUCUAGUGUAUGCCCAGGAUCUGAUCUCCUUUGAAAUGGUUAUGAGCUGGUAAGGAAUUUGCUCUGGACUUAACUCUUUUGGUUUGCCUGUUUUUCUGACCAUGCACACAUAGGAAGAUUUGGGGUACUCCUCCUCAUCUACAAGCCCUAGAAAUACUGGGUAACAUCCAAGGCUUCUGAAAUGCUGUGGGUUUGAAAGAAAACAGACUUUAAAUAAUGCAUGAAGCUGUGUAAAACACUGGGGCAUUACUGCAGCCAGGGUCUUGGAAGGGUUCAGAAGAGGAUCAGGUGCUCAGGUGGAGAAUAACAGCAUCCAAGUGCCUCGCACAGCAAUGGCUGAGAUAUGGGAAACACCUGCAUUGAGGGGAGAGGCCAAGUUCUGAGUGCCUGGAGGGCAAAAGGCUGUUUAAAAUGGUUCUUUUUCCCUUAAGGAAAGCAAGAAACCAAACCAGGCUGUCCUGCAGCCAUGCACCAGAUGUCUGUCCUAUCUUCCCCUAAGGAAUAUGGUUUGGGGUAUUGUCAAGUAGAGCAUUAACAGCUCCAGUUCCUCAUCUCUAAGAUCUCGGGGUAGAUGGAGAUGUUUCUGCCCAUAGUCAUGCUCUGAGCUGAAGGUUUGGAGCCCACCAGCAUCUCUCAAUGCUCAGCCUGGAGAAGCAAGGUGCUUAUGUGCUGUGUCUCAAGGAGGAUGGAAUACUCUGUCCUACCUUUUGAUGUAGCUGUGGGCACUUGAAGCUCACAUCUGGAAGAGUGGAAGGGAAGAGGUUGUCUGAAAUACAGGAAAACCCAAUGGUAAUGUUGCCAAUGCCUUGAAGAAAGAGAAAAAUGCCUUUGCCAUCAGGAAGUGCUCCUCUAAUACUGAAGAGAAGAGGCUGGGUGCAAGUACAAUGCUGGCUGCACUGAGUCAAAAGCAUCAGGAUCAAUAUCCCUGUCCUGCCUGUCAAACCCUGGCUUCAAGAUGCUGGUUAAUCUUGCUAGUCUGGAGUGCUGGAGCAAGAACAGGAGGAUGGGGACUAUGCCAUGAAAAGCAUUGGAUUUUGCUUUGAAUCUUGGGCCUUCCUUAGCCACAUCCUGGGGUUUCCCUCUGGAUUGGGUUUGGGCUUGCUUCAGCCUGCAUCCCAAAUGUGUGUGUAUUGACCUCUGUAUGUCAGAGCUCUCAUAUGGGCUGCUGGCUGUGCUCAGCCCAUAGCUCAGCUGCUUAAAGAUGCAAACCACAACCCAGGGCACAGGGUUUAUCAGAGACCAGCAUGAGGUGGGGUCUGCUCUUAUAGAAUGGAGGCUAAACCCCCCCCCCCAUUUUUGACAUCAGUGGGAGCAGGACCCUGAUCAAAACAUAUUCUCUUAAUAACUAAAGGCCUAUUUUCCACAUACUUGAAUUUACAGCACAGCUGGACUAUUUCGAGGGACUAAAGGCACUUUAACUGUCUUUUAAUGCGAGGUCUUUACUAUGGAGUCGCUGCAUGGAAUACAGUCUUAAUAUUCAACACGAGAAAUCCUCCUUUUGGACUGCUUUGUUUUCCAAAUAAAACAUGCAAAAGAUGAUUGCUCCGGUUAUGUGAA